AUGCUACAGCAGCAGGUACAAGAGCGCGACCUGCAGCUACGCGAUCAAGAGGAGGAGCUGCAGCAGCUGCGCAUGCAGCAGCAGAAGCAUGAAAAGCAGCAGCAGCAACUCAAGAACGAGCUGCAGGAGCAGCAAGCAGACGCAGCAGAAACCAUCGCCCGCCUAUCGACACGCCUCAAGGAGCUUAUGGCUGAACAGAACUCCACCAAGGAGCAGCAGCAGCAGCAGGAGCAGCAACUACAAAGAGCAGAGCAGCAGCUGCGCGAAGAGCAGCGUUGCCUGCAUGAGGAGCAGCAGCGGCUGCUGCUGCAGCAGCAGGAGCAGCAGCGGUUGCUGCAGCGGGACUGUCGGCAACUUGAUGAAGACAAACUUUUGCUGCAGCAGCAGCAGCGCGAAAAAUGCAACAGCAGCAGCUACAACUGGAAGAGCACCGGCAUUUGGUGGAGAGGCGUGAAGCAGAAAUGCAGCAGCAGCAGCAGCAGCUGA